AUGACCAUAGCCAUGAUCAUGAUGACCACCACCAUCACCCGCCUCGUCCCCCAUCUUGCUUCACUGAGCGGCAGUUCAGUCAUCCUGACUGGUCUAGACAGCCUUUCAGCGGGCCUUCACAUCCUCCAUUUUCGGCCUGUGCACCACUUCCGAUUUGUCUAUUCCUUCUCCAGUCAUCCACCAAUCGCUGCCUACCACUGGCGGGGCCAGCAGUCAAAUCAACACGAGGCAGAAGGACUUUGGGGAGACAAGCCCGAGCCCUGA